UUAAAGAGUACCAAAGCAACUGGUCUCGAUGACGUCCCUCCUGGUAUGAUUAAGGAUGCAUCUCAAUAUAUUGCUGCACCUCUAGCUUAUAUCAUUAAUCUAUCAUUGUCUUCUGGGAUAUAUCCUGCCCAAUGGAAAAACGCUAAAAUUAUACCUGUCUAUAAAUCUGGCAGCGUCUCAGAGUUGGACAACUACCAUCCAAUCUCAAUUCUACCUGCUAUCUCUAAAAUUGUGGAGCGCCUGGUUCAUGAUCAGCUGGCAAAAUUUUUGGAAGACUCAAGCCUGUUUUCACCUACCCAGUUUGGUUUUAGAUCUAAGUACUCAACUGGUCUCGCAGUUACCUACUUUACAGAUACAAUCAGGAAAAAAAUAGACCGUAGAAAGCUAACAGGGGCAGUUUUUAUAGAGUUCCGUAAGGCAUUCGACACGCUCAACCAUGCUGUUUUAAUUAAAAAGAUGGAGAUGCUUGGUAUUCGUGGUGUCCAGCUUAAAUGGUUUACGGGCUAUUUAUCAAAUAGACAACAAAUUGUAAUCUAUGAUCAUUAUAGACUGGAUAAUUAUCCGGUUUCUUACAGUGUUCCUCAAGGAUCCAUCCUGGGGCCAACUUCUGUUUUUGAUAUUCAUUGA